CCUUGGAUCGGUUGCUCACUGCUGGGAAUCUUCGCCUCGUGGAUUUUCCGCAUUCCCUGCUGCUCCACGGCCCCGGUGCCGUCUUCCGCGGAAGCCCCAUUUUGAAGGAAUGUUUGGACAGCAAAAGCCAAAUCUCAUGAUCCAAGCCCAGAAGCUUCAGUUUUCGAAGGUGUUGUGAAAGGAAGGCUUGGAGAGCAAUAUUGUGAGGAUGGCCAGAAGGAGAGGAAGGAGGAGACCCAAGGAGGACAGGAAGGAGCAGAGCAAGGAAGAGAGGGAAGGAGAAGAGCAAGAAGGACUGCAAGGAUGCAGGCAAGGAAGAAACAAUCAAUUUUCGAAACCACAGUUCCAGGCGCCCUGGCACAGCGCAGCCCUGGGAGGUGACGGCCGCGGGGUCCCAGUGGCAGCUGCGUGGAGAUGGGGCCAUGUGGCUGGCGGAGAGGGACCAGUUUCAGGUGGAUUUCUAUCUUUGCCCCGAAGCUGCCAUGGGCCAUAAACUCCCGGAGCACCUGCACGUCGUCCAGACCAAGUUGGCUGGGCGUGCCUCGCAGACUGAGGCGGAGAUUCCGAAGGGCGCAACCAUUUUUCAAGAAGCGCCCUAUAUGGUGGCCUGCGACCGUGCGGACCCGUUUGGUUCGCGCUAUCGAGCGGUUGAGUAUGCCGCUAGUCGCCAGCCAUCGGUGGUGAAGGCCUUUCAGAAGCUUUGUGCCGAUGGAUUGGAGACCCAAGAGGCGUGUUUGGAGCAAGCAGCCGCAGUGUCGCAAGCAUCUGAGAAGUCUGAGAACUCUGAGGACAUUGCCAUGGUUUUGGCUCGCUGGCAGAGCAACUGCCAGCUUCCUGUUCCAAGAGCUUCUGGUAUCUACAAGUUCCACUCCUUUUUACAGCACUCCUGCGCUCCGAACUGCGCUGUGGGUGUCCUCUUUUCCACUGGCGAAGUCUUGGUGCGAGCACUGCACACGAUUUCAGCCGGGGAAGUGCUGACACGGAACUACGAGAGAGAAGGAUUUCUUCAACUGACUCUUUCAGAACGACGUCACCUGAAGGUCCGCGGCCAUGCCUUUGCCGUCGGUGUCUCCAGGACGCCGAAGCCGCCGAAGUGGAGGAGUUCGGCGGAACCCCGGAACGACGUUUCCAAAAAGGUCAUGGCCAGUGCGGGCGAUCAGUCCUACCGAAAUGGAGUUUGGAAGAGAAAUGAGAAGUUGGUUUACCUCUCCAACUUCCUUCACAUGACCCUGUACACCAUGUGCUUUGGGGGAAUUUUUGACAUUUUUCUCUACCACCUCUCACAAGAUCAGCAGGUCAUCCUUGAAAAUCGCAUUACCGUGGGAGGCACCGGCCGUCCUCCGCCAAUUUUCGAGGUGAACACGUACAGCAACUUCGAACUCACCUUCUCCAUCAGACCGUUUGAAGCAGUCAGCUAUCCAUCAACCUCCAAUUGUUCCAGUCUCUACACUUGUGGUACGUCAAUUCUACACAUCACCGAUGGCACUGGCAAUGGCGACUGUUGCCAGGUGGGAAACCGAAUACCCUUCGCGUAUUUCACCAACGGAACGACCAAGCUGCAACUCUCCAUGGAUGCGCUGGGUCAGAACGAGACCUUAGAUCGUAGGUCCUAUGACAAGCUGCAGCAUUGUGCCGCUCCGAAGGAGCUGCCGCUGCAUCAGUGGAGCAACAUCAAGUUGAAGGCCAGUGGUGUGGAGCACUCCAAGGGACAAAUUGAACACUCCGAUGGCGGCAUGAUCAUGUUCAUUAACGAAGAGAAGGUGUGUGAAGUGCCGGGAACGGCAUAUCAUACACUUCCCAGUCGUCGCGCGGCAAUGCUGUUCCUGGGAUCUCUGCAAAGCCCACCUUUGAGGCUCCAAGACCAGCACCUUCCGGCGAAGGUGGAGAUUCGAAAUGUGAAAUAUGGCAAGCCGGCGUCCAAUCUCUUCGUCGGCCUGGCCAACAGUGCGCAAGGCAUCUUGUCAAUUCUACUGAUGUAUCCCAUUGGCUGGAUCGGAGACAAGACCAAUCGCUACUAUUUGCUGCGUUGGAACGUGCUGAUCGCGGCCAUUUCAGGCGUGGCAAUGCUUGCAGCAGUGUACACCUCGAAUUUGCUAUGGCUCUUCAUCGGCAUUUGCAUCUUCACCUGGUACCAACAGACGAUCUCCUCGACCAUCUACGCCUGCUUGGCUGACAAUGUUAUUGGAGAACGCCGCACUCGAGCUGGCGUGAACUACAAGACAUUCUCCGCCCUGGCCAUGUCCUUUGGCCCGGCCAUCCAGCUCUGCGUGGUCUUUUGGGGACCCAAGGAACAGGAUGCAUGGAGCAGCUCAACCUUUGAAUUACUGCUGCUGCCAGGUUGGUUGUUGCUGCCGAUGAUUGGCGUGGCUGUCACCAUGAUGGUGCCCGUGGGAAAGGAGCUGAGUGAGAUCCCCAAUACGGAUGAUGCUCACCAGUGUCCCCGCAGCCCAGUGAGGGCAAAGAUUAGCGAGGCUUGGUUAGAGCAAAGUGUUUGCUUUUCUCUCAAACGACGUUUUGUGGUGGCUUUGUCGGUGAAUGUCUUUUUCAUUGCUACAUUGCUGGCCAAUGGCAUGACGGUUCGAUACUUCAGCUUGUAUUUCACUCAAGUUUUAAGGUUUAGCCCCGCCCAGCUGUGCAUGCUGAAUGCCGUGUGCAGGCUUUUUAUUGCCGCCUUUGCACAGCUUGGGAAACCUUUGUCAGUACUGUUGGGUCGCUGCAAUUUGGCCUUGGUCCUGCACAUAGGAUCUGCAAUUGCGACCUUGGGCAUCUAUGGUGGGGGUUUCUUCAAUCCUUCAGUGCUUUGCGCAUGCGCUUGCUAUUUGCUUCGCUUUGCAUGUUUACAUGCCCGAGAUCCGGUGCUCUAUUCCAUCACCAUGGAUUGUGUACCUCAAAGCCAGCGAAGCCGCUGGGCUGCGCUGAACUCGCUGCGCACCUUGUCUUUCAGCGCCUCGGCCGUGCUUGGCGGCUUCUUGGCGGAUCGACACGGCUAUCAGUUCUCCUUCACGGUGACCAUCAUUUUGUUAUUGGCUUGCACGAUUUUCAUGUUGCCAGCAAUCCUAUGGUUUCCACGAAAGGAGGGCGAGCAAGCCCAGGCCUCCUCCGAUUCGCUCAUCGAGGAGAAUGAGGAGACGCCGGAGGCGGAGGUGCAAGCCGCCCCGUCGCGACCACUGUGAGUGGAGUAGUAGAUCAGUGCUGAUGCCCUG